GUAAGAGCGCGUGGUGACGUCAUCAGCGCGCGGCCGGACGCGCACGUGAGCUGCUGGAGUCUGGAUGCGGCAGAGAGGUGCAUGACGAUGGGCACAGAUCAAAAGAAACUCACCGGGAAGAAAAGACCUCAGCAGGGCGAGAGGAGCCGGGCGUCAUCUUCUCAGGAGGGAGAACCACCAAAAAGACAGAAGACAGAGGCCAAGAAAGGUCCACAUGACAGCCCACUCCCCCGGCUAGACCCCAAAUCUGUGGGCUAUUUCCGACGAGUAGGAGAAACUCUACAACAAGAUUUUGAAUCUGAAGACGACCGGGCUCUGUUUGUCCGGAACGUCUUUAAUGAGGUGAAGGGGAACGAGCUGGCUCUGGCCACAGACAUGUCUGGCAGCAUUGUCCUGCAGAAGCUGCUAUCGGUGGCAGCCUCCUCCCAGCUGUGCCAACUCCUGGAAGUUCUCAGUAAGAGCUGGCAGCUCGUAUGUUGGCAUCGCAGCGGAGCUCACGUGAUUCAGACCGCUCUCCUCCAGUAUGAGCGGCUUCAGAGCCAGAAAGCUGCGGAGGAGGAGGAGGAGGAGGAUGAUGGUGAUCCCUGCAGCAGCCUAGAGGAUCUGAUCCUGAGUCUCUGUCUGGAGGUGAAGGACAAUUUCCUGCCCUACAACCAGAAUACACAUGGAAGCUUCAUUGUGCGGACUCUGCUCCAAGUGCUGAGUGGGACCAUCCUCAACCAGGAGACCUCCAAGAAAGGAGGUCAGGGGUCCGCAGUAAUGUCUGAGUUUGAGGUUCCACCCAGUUUCUUGCAGCAGUUACAGGAGAUGAGCGCAUUAUUCAGGGGUCCCAUCGGAGUCUUUGCCACCCAUAAACUGGCCAGCUUGGGGAUGCAGACCGCUUUAAAGGUCCUACACAGGAAAUCGCCGUCCACGUGCACUGCACUCUGCGAUGAUGUCAUCAGCUUCUUGUCCUCCAGGAAUGUCUCAGGAGAUGGCAGUGCCCUCUUGGUUUUUCUGAAGGAUGAGACCAGCAGCCGCCUACUGGAAAAAAUUAUUGAGGUUUCCGAGAAGAAACAACUGCGCCGCCUCUUUAAUGCCCACUUUCAAGGCCAGCUUCAGGCGCUGUCAGCACAUCCCAUCGCCAACUAUGCGGUGCAGAGACUUAUUCGUGCCAUCCAGACCAAGAAGCUGUUCUCAAGGUUGUUUGAGGAGCUGUCACCAGCAAUGGAAGAUGUUUUAGCCAAAGGUCACAUGGGGAUCAUCACAACCAUGGUAGAAACCUGCAAGAGGCUGGAGAGUCACCAGAAGGAGUUAGUCGCCCAUCUCAUGGAGGCCUUCCACUGCGCCUCCCCAGCCUCCCGCCGUGUGACUUGUGUGCCGCUUCUCCUGACUCUACUGACUUAUGAGACUUACUACAAGAUUGAGGAAGAGGAAGAACCUUCUGAACAUAAAGAUAAUCCAGACAUAAAGCUGCAGUCUAUUAACUAUCAUGGUUCUAUAUUACUGCAACACCUCCUCCAUUUUGACGAUCCCACCAUAGUUCUGCACAGCUUGGCCGGUAUGACAGAGGCAGACCUCCACACUGUAGCUUGUAGCCAGGCCGGGAGCCACAUAUUUGACGCUCUGCUCAGCAGCACCACAAUCACAGAGAAACAGAGGAAAAAAGUUCUUCGGAAACUAAGGGGUCACUGCGUGGAGCUUGCGUGUAACAAGUAUGGAAGCCGAGUUUUGGACCGUGUAUGGAAUGCAUCCUCUAUGGGAGUGAAAGAGGAGAUUGCUCAGAAGCUAGGUAACGAUCCAUCUAUAUCCUGUCUGAAAAAUGUUUUAGCUUCGGCCUUCUGUCCCAGAAUCCAGAGCUGAAUGUCAGAUUUCUGUGGCCACAAGUCUCUUUCUUUAAACUGGUGUAAAGUAGAACUGGCUUAGUUGCCCAUAGCAGCCAAUCACAUUCCACCUUUCAUUUUCCAAAGGAGCUGUUAAAAAUGAAAGCUGUAAUCUGAUUGGUUGCUAUGAGCAACUAAGCCAGUUCUUCUUUACACCAGUUUGAUAAAUCUCCCCCAUAGUUUUACAGUGAAUUCAGUGGUACGGGAAUAAAAAGGGUUUGCAAGGCUUUGUUGAAUAAAACGUUUAGUAAACUAUGAUAUUUAAAUAUACAAAGUGUAAAGUAUGUAAUGGUCACCUAGACCAUUCGACCACUUCCCAAUAUGGCCUCUGACCGACAUUCCUAUGAUACAUAGAGAGGUGGUAGUCAGAAGACACCUUACUCUGUCGUGGCCCCUUCUAACGCUCUGUUUGCAGUAUGCAUGUACUGUUACUUUAUACGUCAAACAAAACAAUAGCUGAUCUUGGAGAGACCAGCUACAAAAUCUUAAUGAGGCUCCGCAGUAUGGGUCUCAACACAGCAAUCCAAAGUGCAAAGCUCCCUGGGCGACAGUAAUCUGCAAAAUAACCGUGAGGUCCCAGUGAUGGGUCUUCAACACACAUCCCUCCAGGGAAGUAAAACCAAAUAAAGGAAUGCAUAUACCAGUACCCACCUACAAUACAAGGAAUAUCACUACAUUAAAGGGGUAGGGAAUAAUUAAAGGGAAUGAACCAUUAAGGGUACACUCACACGUUCAGGAAAUGAUGUCCGGAGAAUCCGCAGGCAAAUGGGUGCGGUCAAUCUGCA